GAGAGCUCAGUGAUGCUCAUCCAAGGCCCGUGCUUAGCGUCCAGGCAGUCGAGGAAGAAGUACGUGUGAUGCCAGGGGGGACGGCCAUCUUUCGGUGUGUGGUGCAAAACUUGGGGACCAGAAAGAUGGUGUGGGCAUAUAAUUCAGGCGAGUCCUCAGACGGUCGGUUCGAAUACUUCAUCAGCGUGAUGGACGUUUUGUUCACCAGCGAUACACGAUUCCGAGUGGAAUUGAACAGGGGGCCUGACGAUCUAAUGUAUACAACACUGAUCCUUCGCGAUGCUAAGAUGUCCGACUCAGGUGUGUACGUCUGUUUUGCGUCAUCACAUAACUCAGCAAACAGUGAGGCUCGUGUUCAUCUCCACGUCACUGGCGGUGAUGGGGAAUAAAACACGUCAUGACGUCCUGAAGGCUGCGGGGAUGUGACGUCGUUGGUCCGAAUACAUUAAAUUGUGAGGCAGCGUGGUGAAAUCAGGCGCUCGUCAAAAUAGUGAAGCCACAGAAACCGACAUUUAUCUAGGCUUCGGGCAAUUUUAAAAAGUUUUGUUCCAUUUUUUGUUGUUGAUAGGCUCAAAAUGUUUUUAACGUGUCCUUUAGAACACAUUUCUGUGUAGAUUAAAGACACAGAAAAUGUAAAUUCCCUUUUCCAAGGACACUCAAGUUUUACCAGUCGCCAAAUUUUUGCAGCCAUUUUGGCUAUUUUUUUCCUCUCACACCAGGAGACCCCCACCUCCUUCAAUCACAAAUAUCUCGAUUUUUAUUCAAGACUGAUGGGUACCUUUUUUCGCCAAAUGCAAGACAAAUGAAAAAGCUUCAAGACGAUAUAAAUAAAUCUACAUGUCCAAAAAUUGGUUGGGUCCUGAUUCCACCACGCCUUUACGCAUUAAAAAAAAUUCUGCCUUUGUCUGUUGGAUCAAAUGAUCAAUUGUCCGAGUGUUUUACCAUUAUUACGAUAGUUAGUUUUAGUAAGAUUUUACGGCGCUCGCAACUACAUAAGGUAAUAUUAUGAGCGCCUAGGGGCCAUAAUUAUGAGAGACGGCUGUGCUCACGAUCUAGUUAGAGAUAGAAUCAUAUUUCCAACAGACUUCAGGGAAAGGAUGAUAGUGGUGAGUGUUUCAUGACGUGUCCUGAC